UUUAACCCCCAGAUAAAUUAAAAGCAUAUUUCUCAUGUUUCAGGGGUUAGAGUAGAGAGGGAAGAUGGAUUAAAGUAAAUUAUUUGCCAAGUAGGUUUUUAUCUGACACUUUUUUUUUUUUUUUUUCUUCGAGACAGGGUUUCUCUGUGGUUUUGGUGCCUGUCCUGGAACUAGCUCUUGUAGACCAGGCUGGUCUCGAAUUUACAGAGAUCCGCCUGCCUCUGCCUCCCAAGUGCUGGGAUUAAAGGCGUGCGUCACCACAGCCUGGCUAUCUGACACUCUUUAAGAGCAUAGUGAGCACCUACUUAAGGAGUAAGAUGGGAGAGGAAGAGAUAUGAAUUCUACAAAGUUUCAUGCCAUGAAACUGCACAGGAACUAUUCAGUAGAUUUCUUAACUGGAAAUAUCAGAAGAUUAUAGCAUAGGCUUUUAUCAUUACUGAUUUUGAAAGAGGAGUUUUAAAUCAUUGGAACCUUGCUGUAAUCCCAUACAGUCAGAGAAGCUCUGGUUUGUAAGGAACUGUCAAGGUUAUGAGCACAUGGAAGUCUGUUGUUUAUUUUACUUGGUAGAAAUUUAUAAAAACACAAUAAGUUAUAGCUCCUUAAAUAUUUUUAAUGCUAUCAUUUUGAAAGAAAAUUUUUACCAAUUUUGGAUAUGCAAAUCUAAACAUUUACUGCAUUUUGUAGUUCCAUGUUUAUAUUGGGAAGAAACUGAUACACAUUUUUUAUUAGUUUUGUCAAAUCAACUGUGUGAUGAAUUUCACAGCUGUUAAACCUGAUUAUGCAUUGCCAACAAAGAAGUAAUGCAUUGCUCUAUUAAAAAGGAGUGUGAGAGAAGCAAACGAAGGGAAGUGUGAGUGGAGGUGUGUGCGGUGCUUGGCUCACUGCUUGCCUCCACGCCUUAGGAACAGCAUUGUGGUGUAAAUGGAAAAGGCCAUGUGAAACAAUUUACCGGGGUUUUCAGUUUCUUUCAGUUUGCUGGGUUUUAGUUCAGACAGUAAUGUAGAAGAGGGUGGAAAAAAGUGGUGUUGAGCAUGAACUAUUGCUAAUAAAACAUGCCAUUUUGAAUAAAAUAUACUUUCAUUAUACUUGUCUAGAUAUGACCUCUUUUUGUUGUUGCGUACAUUUCAGAUUUCCUUUUAUAAAUGUUAACACUUAGAAAAAAUAAGAUCAACAUAGCAGGUGUCAGCUUAAUCAUCAGUCAUAACUUUAUGUCCACAUUUUCUGGUAGAUGGAUUUUGACUAUUAAUUUGGUUUUGUAUGUUUUCUCUAUGUGAUAUUUGUGCAUUAUUAGAUGACUAGACUGGCCAAGGCAGACCUGUUACACUUGCCUGAGUCAGGCAUUGUUUGCCAUGCCACUAAACCUGCCGCCAAGUGAAAUCUUCAUUGGGGAAAUGAGAUCGGAGUCUGAACCGCUGAAGAUGGACGCCCUGUCUCUGUUUUUAUUGUUUUACUUUAAUUUCAUUUCUUUUUAUUUUGUCCCUUUUUUUGUUUUGUUUUGUUUUUGUUUUUGUUUUGUUAAAUCUCUCUCACUUUUAGCUUGUGAGCUGGUUUUCCAGUUCUUUGUAAAUGGUAUUCCAUUAAGAAUUCAUAAUGUGUUGCAAAUUUAUGGGGGAAUGAUUAACAGAACUCAACCUUGAGACGAACUAAAUUGCCAUGCAGUAAGUUAGAGUGCAGUGCUGGGAAGAUGCUCAGGGCCUUUUAAUUGGUGUUUGUGGGUUGAGGUACAUUUUGAUUUUCAAACAUUAAAACGCUUACUGGAAUCGAAGGAACAUUUUCUGAUGGGCUCAGUGCUUAUUAUUUUCCCCAAGUCUACAUCUCUCAUAAACCCAACUGAUGGCUUCUAAUUUUUAUCCUUCCCCUAGAACUAUAGGCAUAUAAAACCAGCAAGGAAAAUUAAGUACAUUUCUUUUAACAAUCUGAAGGUAGGGGGAGGUCUACCUUUUUAUUAGCUUGGUCUUAAAGAAGCCUUUUGUUGCCUCUGUGGGGAAUGAAUAUUAGAGAAAACUAUUGGUUAUUUAUUUGCAUGCAUUUUUUUUUGUUUGCUUGAAUUUUUUUUUUUUUUUGUUGAGAAAUUUUUAGAGGUUACUAGCUUUUUACAUGGAUUCUGAAGUCAGGACUUACAGUAGCGUGAGAGAUGUUUCCCUCAGUUUUCUUUAAAGUAUAGUUUGGGGAAAAUGCUAAAUGCUAUGUGUUUUAUACUUCUAUAUACUCUGGUAGAAUGUUAGAGGAUAAAUUUUAUUUUGGAAAUAAAGCAAUGGAACUUUUCUUAAAAUAUCUUUAAUAGAAUAAGACAGAAAUAAUAUUCAGCUUAUAGUUAUUGAUUUUUAACAGUUUGUUGUCAUGAACAGCAAGGAGAAUCUGAUAGCCUGCUGAUACUUAAGAUAGAACUGAGGCCUCACAGUACUAGGUAAUGAGCUUGGCUCAUGAUUGUGUAGCCUCUGUACUGUAUGAAUAGCUGGAUUUGGUUACUGAGAAAUAAUAUUAAACCUAGAACUCUUUGAGGUGCGUGAAUUAGGGUAAUGAAGCAUAGCGUGCCCACCUCAGGACAGCAGUUACUCAUCAGAUGUGUUCAGGUUUUAAACCUUAAAAAGUACUCUAUAUUUCUAAUAGAUAAAAUGAACGUGAUAAUUAUUAUAAAUAGUAUAGUAUAUGUGGCAUAUAUAGAUUUAUAGUAAUAGUGGUAAUUGAUAGUUCAUUGUUAUUUGAUAUCUUCAGUAAGGCCUACCUUGUUAUCAUUCUGCAUGUUAUGAAAUUUAUUCUCCAGAAGUUAAAGUAAUAGCAUUGUUUUUGAAAUUAGUUAAAUUAAAUUUAGAUGCUGUAAAAUUAGAAAGUAUGCAUUUGCCAAAACCCCUAAACUAAUUCUAAUUUUCUUUCUAUAGAUAAGCUAUAGCCAUUAUCAAAAGUUUUAAAUUCCAACUUGAAUUCCAUCCAUCCUUAGAGAUCUUUCCAGAAAAAGUUGUUUAGAGAUUUCUCUCUUACAUCUGGUUGUAUUAAAUAGGAUUUUACCACUGAAAGCAGGCAUAAUACUUUUGAAAACUUGCCAUAUAUAUUUCAGUCUUUGUGAUUUUUUUAAAGUACAGUUUUAAGAUAUUCUUAAUUGAUAAUAGAAAUGGUUAUUUAUAUAUGCAAUCAAGUUUGAGAAAUUUUUUUUUUUUGCUAAGCAGUUAGGGGAAAUGUGAAAGUUUUAGUUUGUAAGGUUUUUUUUUUUUAAUUCAGAAACUAAAUAUGGUAGGACAUGAACUUCAAAGUAGAUUUUCCAUUUUUUAAGUUACAGGCAUUUUUCUUCACUUCUAAAGUGAUUUUAGUUUAUUCUGUUAGAAAGUUACACACUUUAUAAGAAAAGCAUUUUAAAGUACUAGUUACUAUUAUUCAGAUAAGUAUACAUAAGUUGCAUCUGAAAGUUAGAAUUUUUUUUUAUCAGUUGCCUAAGGAUCUUUGGGAUUGGAUUCUUUCUGGCAUUACUGAUGUUGGUGAGGUGCCUUUUUGAUGAAUGGGUGUGGACCAUUGAAGCUGAUUGCAUGUUGUAGUUUCCUGUUUCUUUUGUUUAUCUGAAUUGAGUGGAGUCGUGGAGAAUUGUUAGAAUUGUCUGCUCACAGUGGGUAGCUUCAGUACAGGGUAGAGACACUCAUUAUGGAGCAAAUUUCAAUUCGCACAUAUUUGUUUUUUUUCUUUUUCUUUUUUUUUUUGACUAAUUUGGUUAUUUGCCAUUUCUGGGGAUUAAACUUUAAAAAAUGUUCUUCUUUUCUGUAUCUGAUGUUCUGUGUGCUAUUAGUGACGCAGCCAACACGAACGGUUGUCAUGUGUAACACAACUUUCGAUCACCGCGAAAACAGCGUCCUGGGAAAGCGUCCAUGCUUGAUAUCGUUUGGUUCAUGAACAUUAAGUUUCCAGUACAGGUAAAAUCCCAGAGGAAGCCAAAGCCCUUUCUUUACUGGCUCCUGCUCCAACCAUGACAAGCCUGGUGCCUGGUGCAGGAUUGCUUCCCAUCCCGACCUCCAGCCCUCUGACGGCAGUGAGUAGUCUUGGUGUUUCACUUAGUAGUUUGGGAGCCAUACCAGCAGCAGCACUGGACCCCAAUAUUACAACACUUGGAGAGAUCCCACAGCCACCACUUAUGGGAAAUGUGGAUCCUUCCAAAAUUGAUGAAAUUAGGAGAACAGUCUAUGUUGGAAAUUUGAAUUCACAGACAACGACAGCUGAUCAACUACUUGAAUUUUUUAAACAAGUUGGAGAAGUGAAGUUUGUUCGGAUGGCAGGUGAUGAGACUCAGCCAACUCGGUUUGCUUUUGUGGAAUUUGCAGACCAAAAUUCUGUACCAAGGGCCCUUGCUUUUAAUGGAGUUAUGUUUGGAGACAGGCCACUGAAAAUAAAUCACUCCAACAAUGCAAUAGUAAAACCUCCUGAGAUGACACCUCAGGCUGCAGCUAAGGAGUUAGAAGAAGUAAUGAAGCGAGUACGGGAAGCUCAGUCAUUUAUCUCAGCAGCUAUUGAACCAGAGUCUGGAAAGAGCAAUGAAAGGAAAGGCGGUCGAUCUCGUUCCCACACUCGCUCAAAGUCCAGGUCUAGCUCAAAAUCCCAUUCUAGAAGGAAGAGAUCACAGUCAAAGCACAGGAGUAGAUCUCAUAACAGGUCACGUUCAAGACAGAAAGAUAGACGUAGAUCCAAGAGUCCACAUAAAAAGCGCUCGAAGUCUAGGGAGAGGCGGAAGUCAAGGAGUCGUUCACGUUCACGGGACAAGAGAAAAGAUACCCGAGAAAAGGUGAAGGAAAAAGACAGAGUGAAGGAGAGAGAGAAGGAAAAGGAGAAAGAAAAAGAGAGAGAAAGGGAAAAGGAUCGUGAAAAAGACAAGGAAAGGGGUAAAAACAAAGAUAAAGACCGAGAGAAGGAAAAGGACCAGGAAAAGGAGCGGGACAAGGACAAGGAACAAGACAGAGACAAGGAGCGAGAAAAAGACAAAUCCAAAGAGGCGGAUGAGAAACGGAAGAAGGAGAAGAAGUCCAGAACUCCACCCAGAAGUUACAAUGCAUCAAGAAGAUCUCGUAGUACCAGCAGGGAAAGGCGGCGACGGAGGAGCAGGAGUUCUUCCAGAUCUCCAAGAACAUCAAAGACCAUAAAGAGAAAGUCUUCUAGGUCUCCGUCUCCCAGGGGCCGAAAUAAGAAAGAUAAAAAGAGAGAAAAAGAACGGGACCACAUCAGUGACAGGAGAGAAAGAGAGCGUUCCACGUCUACAAAAAAGAGUUCUAAUGACCGAGAUGGGAAGGAGAAGGUGGAGAAGACCAACACACCGGUUAAGAAGGAACACAGUAAAGAGACAGAUUCAAGUGUGAGCAAAGAUGCUGACGAGAAGGACUCCCCAAGGACUGAGGAAGAAAACAAAGUGCAGCAGAAUGGGAAUUGCCAACCAAAUGAAGAGAACAAAACUGAUGUGGCGUAGGACCGCCUGCUGCGUCUCUCCCUCCACGGUGGGAUCAAACCCAAAGCGUUCAGUUUGCAGCAAGGUGUACACGGGGAAGAAACCCACAUAUGGGAACUAGCAGCUCUUCCGGCUAUGAGGUGACAUUGUGGACAUCUUGUUACUGAGCAUGGACAUCAUGGAAAUAAUCAGAUGUUACCCGAGUGCACCAUCUUCUGAAGUCUGCAUUUCCGUGGUGGCUGGCACACUUGUCAUGUGGUUCAUUAGUGUUUGCCAAGAAGCAUUGCAAAUCAAUUGAACAUCAGAGGUCCAGAGUUGAACUAUCCCUUAAGACUGGAGAUGAACAUUGGAGGCUCCUAAAGAAAAUGCUAGUUACUGAAUUUUGUAUUGUUUUACUUUUUUAAAAAAAAUUUUCAAUAUAUACAGUUUGAUGAUGUGCUUGAAAUUUGUGCAAAUAUAUAUACACACUCUUGUAAGUAAAGUGCAAAAUAUGUAAGGAGUUUUAACAUUUACUUCACAGGACUUAACAGUGAUUGUGGUAAAUUCUCACUAUUGUGUUUUCUUUUGCUCACUGUUUUGGACGUCAGUUUUUCUUUAAAACAGUUUUACAGAUUAAAAUUGCUUAAAUAAGUGGAUUAAAAACCAACUGACAAUGCAUGCUACUGUUCUCUUUGAGAAGAAGAGCAGCUCUGUCGAAUACUAAUAACAACGUGUUAGUGUUCGGUGUUUAGAACCAUUGGGUCUGCCACAAAAUGAGCAUUUCUUCUUGAACUUUCUUUACAUUUCCAAGCUCAUGAAUAAUACUACAGUGUGACUUGUCAACUGUAGGCGGCAAGAUGCCCUUAUAAAAAGGAGACUGAGUUUUCAAAAUGGGCUAUGGAAGCACAAGCUGAAGCUCUAGUGCCUUCUGCAAUGUGUGGUGUACUGCUUUCUGGGAUUUUAUAUGUGCUAGUCACGCUCAUCUAUGGAGUCUAGAUGGCUGUAUUCUGUUCACAACCAUUGGGAAGUGUGCGAGGGCUGUGUCAGAAGCUUUUUAAUUCAGUUAAGAGAGAAAAGUCCUGUUUAUAAGACUUGUGAAGUUUCAAACAACAGUGUAGUUUUGGGACCACCAGUUUUUCUACUGUGAUGAUUGAAAAGGAAAUACUUCAAAUCAGAGGAAACUUAUUAGUUGACUUAAUUGGAUGGCCUUAAUAUUACCUCGCAAUCAUUUCUUCUAAUGAUACAGAAAUUAUACUUAAAGGAAGGACUAGGAGCAUACAGAGGUGGUUUUUGUUCAAUGAUAUGCUUAUGCGAGUUUAAGAUACAUGGUCAUCCACCAAUCUUAGACUCAACUUUUCAUAGAUGGUAUGGUAUGCAAGUAGUAAAAUGAAAACUGCUCAUGUUUUCUGUAAAACUAUAAAUUCUAGUUAAUGCACUAUUCAUUGUUACAUUUUCAAAAAAAAACACUUCAUUUAUAAAUCUUAUUUUAAAAUAAAUUUUAAUUUUAUUUAAUACAACCUAAACAAUCAAAUUACUCAGUUGCCUUACCUCAUGGGAAGGGUUACUGUCACAGAUUUAAAAAGUCAAGUAGCACUUUAGUUGCUUGGUUCCAACUUGAGUCUUGUUUUCAUAUUAAUACUGUUGAAACUAUAAUUUGAAGAAUAGAAAAGCCCUUUCUGCAAGUCAUAAAGCCUGGUUCGAUUAUGAAGCUGCUUAAUCAUCUUCAGGUGUUCAGAUUACUGUGUGUAUGUGUGUGUUUUCUUUUCUGUCACUGUGUACAUUAAACUUUUGGAAAAUGCUUUACUAUGUAAAGUAUAAAUGGCCAUUUUGAUCAUUUAGCCACAUACAGUUGGCUAGUAACAGCUUAUUCUGAUAGAGAAAUGCUUGGGCACCUGUGGAAAGAUUGUGAAGGAGUGUGUCUCGCUUCAACCGCUGUCUUAUUUAUGAUAUGUAAGUAGACUAGAGCAAAUGUUUGAAUCUUUGCUAUUUUUAGGACCAUUUCUCUAAUAAAGUUGAGUAUUUUAGAGGA